CUAAAUUUUGAGCCUGAACAGAUUUCUUUUGUUCAUCUUAUCCCCUAAAAGUUACAAGCAGAUUCAGUUUUAAAGUUCUUACAGUUUAGCAGAAGAAUUGCACUUCUCAAGCAUUAUGUAUAUACGGUAGUUUUCCCACAGCGACACGACAGAACAGUUUAUAAAGAUAAUAACGGUUCAAAUGAAUUACUUGGAGAACCUCAGUGAUGAGGAAUAUGAAAUUGUUGUUGCAGCAACUGCCUAUGCCAUCACCACCCUGGAAAAGGAAGAAGAUUCAUUGAAACGGAAGAAAACAGUUGAAGGAUUGACCAGAACCAAAAGCAAACUUGAAGAUAAAACAACUAGAACAAGUUGGUCUUUUAAAUGGCUCAGUGGUAAAGAAGCAAAGCAGGAUGAGAUACAAACAGGUGACACUAUAUGGCACAAAUCAGAGAAAGCUGAAAAAGCAGCAAGUAAGAAGUACAGUAGUAGGUACACCGAUGCCGGAGAAGAAUCAGAUGCCUCCCCAACUUUUAAAAAGAUGCCCACUUUCACAAAGAAGCAUCCAACCGAAAAGGUCACCACAAGGGUUCAAAGUGGAAAAGAGACUAUUGUGGGAACAAAAGCUACAUCCACAAAAAAACCUGCAGAAUUUUCACCUGGUUAUAAAAAUUGGGAUGAAGAUUCGAAUAAGCUUGAUGAAAUAGAAAGACAAGCAGAUGCUUGGGAGAAGGCGAAGAUGAUUAAUGCUAAGAAUAGGUAUGAAAAGAUGAUGUCAGUGAUAUCAGAAUGGCAGACAGAAAAAAAGGAAAGAGCAAAACGCCGCAUGGAAAGGAAGCAGGGAGGACCAGAACACAAACGUGACAAAGCCUGGCAACACUAUAAUAAUGAGAUAUCAAGGAUCAACAAAAUUGCUGGCAACGCACGAGCGCUUGCAAAAGAGAGGAUGCGAAAUGAUGAAAUGAAAAUAAGAGAAAAGGCCGCAAAGAUAAGGUCAACAGGGAGAGUGCCUGGUGCCUCUUGGACUUGUUGCUGAAUCACAAGCAACAGAUGGAAUAAACUCUAAACAUGACGAAUUGCCUGUAUCAUUAUAUGCACUAUAGUAGCAAGUUUUUAGCCGCUAAUGAAUACAAGAACUGAUACAGUAUAUUUGCCAGUUAUUUGUCUGGUUUGCAUGACUAAUACUA